AUGGGCGGCAACAAGGAACGGAGGGACACAAACCCAUCGGUGGCCUCCAUAUUCCGCACGCCAUCAGACCAACGGAGAGCAACCUCCUCACAGGCAGAAGAGGAAUCUGGGUCAGAUGCCGAAAGCCUGGACGCAACGGCGAAUCCGGCGGCCCCCAUAACCAUCGGGGUACUGUGGGACAUGCUGCACCAAGUGACCAACGACAUUAAGGCCCAUGUAGCCACUGAGAUAGAACGGCAUGUGGGAGGCCUUAAAGCGGAAGUAGUAGGCCUCACCGCCCGCACAAACCAGGUAGAAAACCGGAUUGCCUCCAUAUAUGCCACCUCCACAUCUCACACUCAGGACAUAGCAUAUCUAUAUGGCCACAUGGCUGCACUAGAAGAUGGCCUAGAAGACCUAAACAAUAGGUCCAGACGUAAUAACAUACGAAUCCGCGGCCUACCCGAAACCGUCACCAUGGAACAACUCGUCCCCACACUUCACAGCAUUUUCAAAACACUGGCCCCUGACCUCACACCUCGAGAGAUGGAAUUAGACAGGGCCCAUAGAGCCCUCCGCCCGCAAAAUCUGGGCGCCUCCACCCCAAGGGAUGUGAUUACCCGCCUACACUUCUUCACAACUAAAGAGAAAUUACUGACCAUAGCGCGGGACAAACCCCCACGCUAUAAGGAAACCCGUCUAACUUUCUUCCAAGACCUAGCCCCCUCCCCACUCAAAAAAAGAAGAGACCUCAAACCUCUGACACUUGCCCUCCAGCAACAAGGCAUCAAAUAUACCUGGGGACACCCCUUCAAACUCAUGAUUAAAAAAGAAGACCAAAUGCACAUCCUCACCUCAGUGUCGGACAUGACACCCUUCGCGGAAUCCCUGGGGAUACAGCUACUGCAACUGGCCCCCUUCCACAAAAACAGAGAAGAUGGGUGACCACAAGACGACCCUGAUGACUCUAGGCCGCCCAAGAAAUUGAGAAUACCCGCCAGCUCAGGGGAACCCCCUCUGCAACGCCGAGACAGCCGCCACUAACCCUAGUGGGUCCAACCGCCUGCCACCUGGAAUCCCUCACACCACCGACCCGCAGGAAAUAUCCAAGUGCAGUAAGCAGCCCCCCCUCAACCGACAAAACACCCCUCACUUUUCUCGCAAUAUGCCAUCUUCUCCCCCCACCUCCAACCCAACCCCAGGACGAAAUAUUUUGACCCACGAACUGGCCCAGACCCUGGACACUCAGGCCACUGGACACGAACAACCACCACACUCAACUCAAGGCCCAAGCAACCGGGGCAUCCAGGAUGAGACCUGA